AUGCGCACCACCACACCGACGAACAAGCCUUUGCGAGCCAAGGUCGAUCUCUCUCAAUUCACAUCGCCGCCCGUGUCCAAGGCUGGCGUCAACACGCCGUCGCCGCGGGUUCGCACCCACAACAUUCGCGAAGGCGACGUCGGGAUCGCUGGCGCGCCGUCAUCGGCGACGGCCACCACCACCACCACCACGACCACCACGACCAUGGCCAAGCGAGCCGCCGCCGCCGCCCACGCCAACAGCUCGACCUCGCGCCAACACUCUCCCCUGAUUCGCGCUCAGAGCUCCACCUCCUCUCUCUCAUCGACUCGAGCAAACCCGACCUGGAGUGCCAACUUUGCCGCGUCGACCAGCACCCGCAGCGCCAGUCCGACCCGGCCGCCCCACUCGCCUCCGCAGCGGUACGGCACCCCGACGAUGACCACCGUUGCCAGCGAUCUCAAGGGCCAGAACGACGCCUUCCCCAAGACGAUCGAUUAUCUACCUCUAUCCGUAUCGGUCCGCAAGGUCCACUCCCCGCCGCUGCGCUCCUCGCCUCAUCUCACAGGAGGUCACGGUCCUCUCGCAUCGUCCUCGUCGACGUCGUACUUCCCUCCCGGCCUCUCUACUUCGCCCGGUUCCACGAGCACGACCUCUUCCCCUCUCACCUCUCCAAGUAUAUCAUCUCUGUCGGCCGACUCGCACGUCAACGUCCAUGCCGCCAACUCGGUCGACGGUGGUCCUCGACGCGUCAAGAGCGCCUUCAGCUCAGAGGUUCAACGCGGACCAGGGGCCGCUAACCCCUCGACCCCUGUCUCGGUCUUGCUACCGGCCUUCUCUGGCGGGUCAUCAACGACCAAUCCCGUACCUCUAUCCAGGACCACAGGAGGAAUGAGGGCCCGAUCACCUCCACGCGAUGCCUCUCAUACCACACCGGUCUUGAGAACCUCCCCAACUCGACCGGUGCUUUCUCCACGACCCGCAUCAGUGACAAGUACGGCCUCCUCUCGCCACGCUCGUUCGCAUUCUGCCACUUCCGCAACUUCAUCCAUCUUCUCUUCGACGGGAAGUAAUACCAUCGCUUUGGCAUCACCGUAUGCGUCGAACCCUCUGCAUGUCGUCGCUUCGACUUCGUCUUGGGGUCGUCAGGACUCGACGGCGAGUACGGGGACUCGAUCGAGUGGGAGGAGUGAUCAAGGAUUGAUGGGGAUCGAUUGGAGCCGACCUCAGCAUUUUGACGAGGAGGAGGGGGAACAAAGAGACAGUGACCUCGAGUCCUCCUUCGAUGAUGGGGUCCACGAGGAUCAGGAAGGUGUCUCAAAGUCGAAUAUGCGCAAGAAGGCGCUGGCGGACCAAACGAUCAUGCUGCCCUCACCGUCGUUCGCCAGUGGUUUUGCACCUCGAAGACCUGAACUGGUCAUGCAAAGUAGUAUUGAUGAGAUGAGCGAAGAGAAGGAAGCCAGGAUCCAACGCAAGGUCAGUUGUCCCUUCCCUUGAAGAUGAGAAUAAAGGCACGCUCAACUGAUCGCAGACACGACCUGCCGUCUCAGAUCCUGGACCUCGAAAUUACCAACAAGUCCCUCCUCGGCAUCAACGCCUCGCUCGAACAACUCAAGAUCAAACACACUGCCGAACUACGUGACCUGAGACGAAGGAUGCGCGAAUCGAAUGCUGGUAUAGCACUGGCGCCUUUUCGAACGCCUUUAUCACCACGCAAGACCAAAGCCGUUUCAACGAAUGGGUCCAUCUCGCCUCUUGAAGGGAUGUCGAGUGAUGAGGAUGAUGAUGAAGGGGAGGAAGAAGAUGAAGAUGAUGAAGCGGCUUGGGAACGGAUACUGGAGAAGGACCCACACUAUGCUGCGGUGUGUCAGACGAUUGAAGCGUUGUUGAGGAAGGGAAAGAUGGCGAUCGAGUCCAAGGUCGAGGAGAAGGAUUUGGGGGGAAUAGUCUUGCAUGCGUUGGAGAUACAACAAGAGGCGGAUUCAAGUGAUGAUUUGGUGAGAUGGGUUGAUGCGGAGGUGCAGACGGAUGGGCAUGGUAGGACUACGUCGACAAAUUCGGGAGCGUCAGGCAGAAAGUUGGUGAAUGGUUGGCAGCGAUGA